AUGGACAUCUUCUUGGAUACGGUUGAUGAACCAGCCAAAGCUAUGGACCAUAUUUCCGCAUCCAAGAAGGCGGCCGCCCUUCUGCGGACCUCCAUUAUGAGCCUUAAGCGGCCAUCAUCUGAUUCUCCUGCCAAGGAGGCGCCCAAUGCGGGCUCAUCCAAAUCCUCUUCCUCCCAGCACCCGGACACAAAGGUUCGGAAACAGACAGCUGGGAGUGGCCAUCAAGAACCAGACUUGGUCCAAAUGGCCAAGUCUAUGGUGAAAGCCAUCCCUCUAGAGGAGAGGGAUGCGUUCAGGGGAGUCGGAACCCUUGACCUUGACGGAAUCAUGGGUCUCCUCUCCGCGACUAUGCUUCGUGUACACGGCCUCCGUAGGCCAAUUAGUGCCAAAAACAAAGAGGCGGCUGCCACUUCGGAGAUCAAAGACGAGUUGGAGGCGGCUAAAAAACAGAACCAAGAGCUGGAGAAGACGGUUAAAAGCCUCCGGGACAUAUUGCAGCCACUUAAGAAUAUUGCCCAUAAAGCUGAAGGUCUCCAGAAGUCUUUAGAUAAGGUUAAGGAGCGCUUAGAGAAGCAGGAGGCUGCCAUCACUCAAGAGCUUAAGGCCAAGGCUGAGACCGAGAAGCUGGCUUUAGCUCAGGCCAUGAUGGAGGACUCAGCCAAUAUUAUGAAGAUGACCUGGUCGACCCUCUUCCCAAAAUCUGACUAUGCCCAAUGGGAUUCCAAGUUCACCGCCUAUACUGAAGAGUACAAUAGAAAAAUCAUGCAGCAGGCGGUUGAAGAGGAUGAAAGAGAGGAGGAGGCGGCCAGCUCCAGCGCAGACGAGGAGGAAGAGGAGAUGGCAGACCAGCCAACGGAGGCGGAUGCUUCUAAGGAUACUGCCCCUGAAAACGAGCCAAACAAAGAGGAUGCCUUGAAGGAUCAAGCGCCCAUAAUUAAGCUCGAUCAGCCGGCAGUUGAGAUCGAAGCCCCUCCUAAUUUUUAG